AUGGUGCAUGGUAUCCCACAUACCGAGAAGCUUUUCAUAGGAGGAUAUUUCAACGGUCACAUUGGAGCGACGUCUGGGGGGUAUGAGGAUGUGCAUGGUGGCUUUGGUUUUGGAGAUAGAAACAGAGGAGGAACGUCUCUUCUAGACUUUGCUAGAGCAUUUGAUUUGGUGAUAGUAAACUCGAGUUUCCCGAAGAACAGGGAACACUUGGUCACCUUCCAGGGUUUGGUGGCCGAGACUCAUAUUGAUUAUUUACUCUGCAGGAAGUCCGAUAGAGGUCUUUGCACGGAUUGCAAGGUCAUACCGAGUGAGAACCUCUCGACCCUUCAUAGGCUCAUAGUCAUGGACCUUGAGAUUACGAGGAAGAGGAAGAAGAGGGUGAUGUAUAGCCAACAUAGGAUCAAGUAG